AUCCGAUACCCACUAAAACCCCGCCUCCCUUGGUCCACUCAUCUGGGAGAUGCUCCUCGUUUUCUAGGGUCUUCGCCCAUGUCUUCCGGACCAGGGAAGAUUUAAUCGAUCUCUUUCCGUAUUUCGCUGCAUUCGUCAUCAUGCAGUCUAUCUGCAGUCUCGUGUUUAUUGCCCUCUUCCAUCUGUUCUUUACCUCCUGGGCAGUGGCAUCGUUUUUUUCCUGUAUCACGCGCUCACAUCUUAUUCUCCAUAUCAUGUGCGCAGAUUCUGAGAUUAGUAUGCGGAAGAAUCGUGAUAGUCCUGCGUUUGACUGUUGUAUUGCGCCGCAUGCCAUUAUCAUGCCCAUGUUCGGGUUCAGCUUGUCCCGUUGCUUCACAUUCCGUCAUGUGCUUUUUCUUCGUGUCCCGGGAUCUUUGACCAGUGUGCUCCGACUUUAUAUCCGUCAUGGAGUAGCAUCCACAUGAAGUAUCGGAUGCUUCGUGAGAAGUCCUUGUGCCGCGUUGCUAUCCAGAUUUGGGUUUCCGUCGCCGCUCCCUUUGAGUUUGGUCCCUCCUCGGUGGUCGCUUGUUGCACUGUCUCCAUGUUUCGUCUCGUCGCUUUUCGGUCUAGCUAUUGAUUGUGUCAUUGCGCGCAGCUUUGCUCCGGGGAGGACUAGCGAUCUAUCCGUCUGGGUAUCGAUGAUGUCGGGCUGGUUUUUCCGUCUGCCUUCAUCUGCUAGCCUAUCCGCUUCUUCGUUUCCGUGUAUUCCUGCGUGUCCUUUGACCCAUUUUGGCCAGGUCUCCGUUUGCCGUGAGGAAGAAACCUUGGUCUUCCCAUUUCUGAAGGUUUCCGAUUUCUAUUGUUUCUUUUAUCGCUAGCAUCUCUGCGACUUGGUUUGAUGGGUCGAGUUCCUCGGGGAUUCUUAUUGCUUUAUUCUCUUGUUCUUCUCUUUCGAAGUAGAUUCCGGCUCCCGCCUCGGCUCCUUUUCUGCCGUUUUUUGUUGCUGAGCCGUCUGUGUAUGCUUCGAGCUCUAUUGUUU